AAAACAAAACCCUCUUUACCUCUCUUUUCCUACUCCCGUCCCAACAAAAACUCAAAACAAUUAAAAAAAAAAACAAAAAAAAAUAAAAAAAAAAAUCCAAAAACCCAAAAAUUUAAAACGAGAUCUCGGAAUCGUAACUGUGAAUGCGGAGGUUAUUCCACCUCCACCACCGUGCAUGACCUUCCUCCGCCGCUGUAACCACCAUGCCUUCAUCUCAUCCUUCCUCCGAUCUAAUCCUCCACCGUCUAUCUUCCUCCGAUUACGAAAUCAAGCUCAAAGCUAUCCGCGAAAUUAAGAAUCAAAUCAUCGGUAACCGCACCAAGAAACUCUCUUACAUCAAACUCGGCGCCGUUCCCUCCGUCGCCGAUGCUCUCGCAACUGCAAAUUCCGAUUCCGAUUUCGGUUCCAACCUUAUCGUUCAGUCCGCAGCGGUUUUAGGUAGCUUUGCUUGUGGCGUUGAUCAAGGCGUUCGUGCUGUUCUUGACGCCGGAGCUUUUCCGCAUUUGAUUAGAUUCCUCUCCGCCGCCGAUGAGAAGGUUGUGGAUGCGGCUGCACGUUCUUUACGAAUGAUUUAUCAGUCGAAACUGGCUCCGAAGUUUGAUUUCUAUAAGGAACAAAAUAUGGACUUUCUUCUUUCAUUAUUGAGGAGUGAGAAUGAAAACCUUACUGGACUAGGUGCAGGCGUUAUUAUUCAUUCUUGUGAGACGAGCGAUGAACAGAACAUAUUAUGCCAAGCUGGUUCUUUAGAGAAACUUAUUAGCGGUCUUGAUGGUUCUAUAAACCAGAGAGAUGCUAGUUUAGAGUCCUUAGCUACAAUUCUUAAAAAUAAUCCAGAAGCUGUCUCUAAAUUUGCGGAGCUUCAAAAUGGAAGAGCGUUGCGUUCUGUAAUUGAGUUAACCAAGGAUAGAUAUUCUCGGACAAGAUUACUGGCCUGCUUGUGUCUAAUUUGUAUAAAGAAUUCUUCAUCAUGCCAUUUGCAAGAUAUAGGAAUCAAAACAAAAUUGAUAUACAUUUUGCUUGAGCUUCUUGACGAUUCUAGUCAAGUUGGAGAAGAGGCUUCCUUUGCCUUUUCGAGUUUAGUAUCAGGAAAGGAAGAUUUGCAAAAGUUAGCAUUUGAGGCAAACGCUAUAGAUAAGUUUUACAAUCACUUGCAGAACUGUGCCUUACAUCCCAAACGACUUGAAGGGAUAUUUCUAGCAUUGGCCGAACUUUGCUCAAAAUUGGAAUGCUGCAGGUCAAAGUUUAUUUCAUUGCAGGUUUUAAAUCUAUUAAUUAGUGCGUUAACCCAUGAUGAAGCCAAUGUGCGCACAGCAGCAUGCAAAUGCUUAAAAAGUGUCUCACGCUCAAUCAAGAAUUUGAGUGCAGGUUAUUUCAUGAAUGAAAGGAUUGUCAUUCCAUUGGUCCGGCUUCUCUCUGAUCUUUCAACUUCAGUCCAAGUUGCAGCACUUGGUGCUAUUAGUAACAUAGUUGUGGACUUUACACCAGAUAAGUCAACAUUCAUACAAUGUGGAGGCAUUAAAGAGCUUGUCCAAUUGACGAAGUCUAUGGAUUCGUCUUUAAGGUUGAAUGCUGUGUGGUCCUUGCGUAACAUGGUGUUUCUUGCGGAUAGGAUGUGUAAGGAAGCAAUUUUUAUGGAGUUGACAGUGUCUUCAGUAGCUAGCCUUAUUUGUGAUUCCGAGCCUUCUGUUCAAGAGCAAGCUUUGGGCCUUGUUUGCAAUUUUGUUGAUGGAUGUAUGGAUUGUGUUGAAUUUGCUUUUGCUGAAGAUGGUAUCAUACUGGAUGCUGUUGGAAGGCAAUUGUGGAAGUUCUCAAAAAUGGAAAUCGGUAUACAGGGGAUGUACGUACUCAGCAAUAUUGCAAGUGGAAAUGAGUUUCAUAAAGAAGCCAUAAUGCAGCUGCUCUUUCCACAAGCAGAAAAUGGAUCUCACUCUCUAUUGAGCCAGUAUUUGCAGAGUAAUGACAGUCGUCUACGCACAUCUGCUGCUUGGGUCAUAGUAAAUCUCACUGUUCCUGCAAGUCCUGGUGCAUUUGACAGGGUUGUAAAACUGCGAAAUUUUGGCAUUGUUUCUCAAAUCAAGAGGAUGAUCAGUGACUCUUGCAUGGAUGUGAAGCUUCGAGCACGACUUGCGUUUGGGCAGAUUAAUUCUUUUGGUGAUAGUUAAAUGACUUAAAUCAAACAGUUCCUCCAUUUGGGGACCUUGGACCGCAGUCAGAGAGAAAUCCUAAUAGAAUUUAUUUUCUGUCACUUUCACAUCUUUUAAGUAAUGGGUAUCUUGCCUUCUGCAUCAGCUUCCAAUACGGUGUAUCAUAUUUCUUCAAUUUUUUUUUAACCAGCCAGAGCAGUGUUAAGCUUUUCAAUUUCGUAAGCACUCCUGACCUGGUCACCAUUACCCCUCCAAAUUCUAUAUUUCUAAUCUCUUGCGUUAUGUAUUACUUUUUGUAAGUUGGAAGCUAAGAGUAGAUUUACAGGCUUAUAGUAUUGUACCAUAUGAGUAGUCGGUGUAAAUUUUAGAACUUAGUUUCAACUUCAUUGGGGUUCUGUUCUGAUGUGAUGGCAGACAGUGGAGUUGUAUGUGUAAGCUAUGUGCCAAGGCGCUAUGUUUGAGGGUGUUUCUGGUAUUCGUGAAUAUCUUGUAAUUUUGUAAACUAACAUUUGCGGUUCAUUGGUCAUUCUCUUUUCGGUAAAAACAGAUGACUCGAUUUUGCUGCCCAGUUUGAGCCUAAAUAAUAAUGUUUUGUUUCUUACGGCUAAA